GGGGCGCGCUCACCUGGCGCAGGUGAGCCGGCCGCCGCCCGGGCCGGGCUGCGCCGCUGUUCCGGGCCGCCGCCGCCGCGAUGGAGCCCGUCGGUGCCUGGAGCCCCGCGCAGGCGGCCGCCUGGCUCCGAGGCCUGGACGCGGCGGUGCAGGGGUACCCCUUCGAGGCCUGGGGGCUGCCGGGGGCCGAGGUGCUGCGGCUGUCGGCGGGCGCGCUGGAGGCGCUGGGCGUGCGGCGCCUGGGGCACCAGGAGCUGCUGCUGGAGGCCGUGGAGCAGCUGCGGGCGCUGGACGAGGAGCUGGCGAGCACCAGCCUGCGGACGCUGACGGAGGAGCUGCGGGCGCUGGCGUGCCGGGCGCAGGCGCUGGCACCGGGCGAGCAGUGCCCCGGGGCCGCGCCGCAGCCGCCCUCCCUCGACCUGCUGGCCUGCGUCGUGGAGCUCGUCGGGGCCGCCAAGGCGCUCUUCUGCUGGCUCAACAGGUACCUCUUCUCCACCCUGAACGACUACUCGGCCAGCCGCGACAUCGUCUUCCUCUGCGCGGAGCUGGUGGAGACGCUGCAGGAGGACUGCCCAGCGGCCGAGAGGAGCGGCCGGAUCCUGCCGAUCUGCCAGCACAUCGUGGGCAUCUGCGAGAGCAUCGUGGGCUGCAGCCCCGCGGCGCUGCUGGACCGCACGGCCGUGCUGCAGCGCGUGGCUCUGCCCGCCGGCGCGCCGGUGAGUGCCGUGCUGGUGAGCGCCCCGGCCCCCCCCUCGCCCCGGUGCCCCCCUCACGGCCCCCUUCGCCGUCCCCCUCCGCAGGACCUGGAGAUCACGUCCACCAGCUCCGGCCUGCACUUCAUAGCCGGGACCGCCUCGGAGGCGCUGGCCGUGCACGGCCCCCCGCUCCUGCCCGGGGACGAGAUCGUGCAGGUCAACGAGCAGGUCGUGGUGGGCUGGACACCCGCCAACCUGGCGAAGAAGCUGCUGGAGGAGCCGAGCGGGGCCUCGCUGGUGCUGAAGAAGAUCCCGCUGAGCGUCCCCAGCUCCCCAGGGGCUGCCGGGCAGCCAGUGAGCCGUCCCAGCACUCCCAGUACAGCCCCAGCGCCGGACUGGGAGGGAGCCUGCUCGGAUGCCGCGGAUCCCUCCGGCGCCGGGAGCAGCGAGCGCCCCGGCAGCCCCGCGUCGCUGAGCUCCAGUGCGGCCGCCGACUGGGAAUCGGGGCCCGACUCGGCGCCGGACCUGGCCACGGACGAGGAGGACGAGCGAGAGGCCGGGCUGCCCGGCGAGGACGCCAGGGACCUCCCGCGGGGACUCGGGGACGGUAGGGAGCGGCGGGAGAGCGUCCAGAGUGCGAGCAGUUUCUCCGUCCGGGAUACGGAGCCGUCGCGCGGAGUGGACGCUCGGCAGCUCGGAGGCAGCCGGGACGGAGGAGGCUGGAGCGCUCCGGGCUCGCUCUCCGCAGGCGCCUUGGAGGACGAGGCGCUCGCUGCCGCUGCCAGCCCCGCAGACCCCGGCCCCCCGGCAGCCCCCGGCGGUCAGGGCACCGAGCCCAGCCGGCUCCCCGGCGAGGGCAGUCCCGGGACGUGCCGCAGGCCGAAAGGGGUGGCGACCAGGCUGAGCCGCCGGCGGGUCUCGUGCCGGGACCUGGGCCGGGUGGACUGCGAUGGCUGGCUCCUGAAGAAGAAGGACCACGUGGGCUUCAUGGCCCAGAAGUGGAAGCGCUGCUGGUUUGUGCUGAAAGGCCACACGCUCUACUGGUACAGCCACCCCAGCGAUGAGAAGGCCGCGGGUCUCAUCAACGUGGCCACCUACGACCUGGAGAGCACGCGGGAGCAGAAGAAGAAAUACGUUUUCCAGCUCUCCCACGAGAAGUACAAGCCCUUCAUCUUCGCCGCAGAAACGCUGGCUGAUCUGAGCAUGUGGGUCAGUCACCUGAUAACCGCCAAGAGCAAGUUCACGCUGGCCAACCAGUCGCUGCCGCACAGGGAGGAAGACUGCUACAGCGAGACGGAAGCCGAGGACCCGGACGACGACUCUCCCAGGCAGGGCUGCGACACCCCAAAGAGGAGGCUGCACAGUGCCCCGGAGAAAACCCAGCUCUUCCCGGCCAGCGGCGAACCCAGCAGUGCAGCCAGCAGCCCCCGGGGCAGCCCCCGGCCCCGCUCACCCAUGGACUCCUCCGGGGAGGACCUCGAGAGCCUGAUGCAGUGCCUGAAGCAGGGGGGGGUGUCCCUCAUCGGGAGGCAGCGGUUCCUGACGGAGGAGCAGUGCCGCAAGUCCUUCGUCAAGCGCAACAAGAACCCCCUCAUCAACGAGAAGGUGCACCUGGUGCGGGCCCUGCAGAGCACCCUCAAGGCAAAGCUCACGGAGCUGCAGGUCCUGGAGCAGCUGCUCAGCGAUGCCGCGCUCACCUCGGAGAAGUUCACGAGCUGGAAGGAGGAGCACCAGGACCUGUACCAGGAGCUGCGGGAGUGGUGGGUGCGUCGGCAGGGCCAGGACCUCGACGCGGGGCUUGGCGCCGAGUCCAGCCCGCUGCAAGAAGCAGCCGAACCAUGACACCCCACCAAGAGCCACCGGUCCUUCCCCGCUGGACUUCUCCAGCGCACAUCUCUCCCAUUAAAAACAUGGUGCUGCAGGAGCAAAGAGGAUGCUCUGCCCGUCCCAGCUGGUCCCACGGCAUGGGAUGGGUGCAUGGGGUGGGGGGGAUUCAUGUCAUUUUUGAAGGCAGAGACCUGAGCAUGGACUUCUUGUGUGAGAAGUGGCUUCUGCUGCCUCUCCACUCACUGAAACAGGACAUCGCUGUGACAGCAUGGACUCUUGCUUUCUUCAAGGACGCUUUGCCUUGGCUCCACAUUGGCAACGAGGGCCUUUUCCUGGAGGAAGGUGGCCCUCGUGCCCCCAACUCACGUGCCGGCAUGGUGCCUGCAGCUGGCCAGGCCUGGGUUCCUUCAGCUGUAAAUAAAACUGCGUUGAUGAGGGA